UUGGCUUUAAGACUUCCCAUAUGGAGAUUCCUUGAGUACAAGUAGUCUUAGUCUAAUGACUCGAUAAUUAAUCUGUGUUUUGUAGUAUCCAGAUACAUAAAACUUUGGUGUAAGGAGAAGUGGUACAGUUCUUUAUUAAUUCUUAUACUGAUACCCAUACUGAGGGCCAGGAAUACUAAGGGAAAAAAAAUUGGGCAGUACAGAGUUAACUCUAAUACUGAAUGACCCUAUAAACAGAAAUAGUAUGACCAAAGAGUAUCUAGUAGUAGAUAAUGGGUCGUAUAAUAUAAAGGCUGGCUUUAAUACUGGAUCUAUAGAAAAUAUACAUCCAAUAAAAGUACAAAAUGCUAUUAGCAAAACAAAGGAUGGAGUUGUUCAUAUAGGUAAUGAAUAUUUAAAUCAUUCUAAUAAUUUAUCAGGAAUUCAAUUUAAAAGACCAUAUGAACAAGGCCAUUUAGUGUCAUGGGAAACAGAAAAACCCAUAUGGGAUUAUGUUUUUGAUCAUGUUUCAAAUGGACGUAAGAAGAUUCAUGAACUAGAUCCAUCCAAUACGCAUUUAAUAUUGACAGAGACUCCAUUCCAAUUACCUCAAUUAUCUUCCAAUACAGAUCAAAUUGUAUUUGAAGAAUAUGGUUUUAAUGAAUAUUAUCGUUGUACUCCGGCUUCUUUAGUACCGUUUGUUGAAUUUGGUGAUAAUCUCCCCAAUAAAAGUAAUGAUUUCAUGUUAGUAAUAGAUUCUGGAUAUAAUUCCACAUGGAUAAUUCCAAUGAUAUAUCAAACCAUUUAUUGGGAAGGAGUACGAAAAUUACCAAUAGGAGGUAAAUUAUUGAAUGGAUUAUUAAAGGAAUUGAUUUCCUUUAGACAUUAUGAUAUAAGUGAUGAUCCUGUACUUAUUAACCAUAUUAAAGAACAAACAUCUUUCCUUGCUGAUGAUUUACCAAAAUUCUUAAAGGAAAAGAGUAAACACCAAGCUGAAUUCAUAUUACCUGAUUUUAAAACUACAACCACUGGAUUUGUUAGAACAAAAGAUACUAAAAUUACUCCUGAUACUCAAUCAUUUAAACUAACAGAUGAAAGAUUCAUUAUACCAGAAGCAUUUUAUCGUCCUGAACUUUUAUUUGAUAAUAGUGAUAUAGCUUCGAAUUCUGUAUUACAAAAUGCACCAUUAAAAAAUUUAACUGACUUAAUUGUUGAUUCAAUAAUGGCAUGUCCUGAAAUUGCUAGACCUUUAUUACUGGCUAAUAUUAGCUUAGUUGGUGGAACUACCAAUAUUGAAAAUUUCGAUCGUAGAUUAUUACUGGAACUCAGGAAGGAAUUACCUCUGAAUUGGUUUGUAAGAAUAAGACAAGAUAAAGGCUUAAAUAGAGAUGAAUUGAGUUGGUUAGGAGGUAUUGAAUUAUCUAAUUUGGAUGUUUUAAACAAUAUUAGUGUAUCUAAAAAGGAUUAUUUUGAACAUGGAGCUAAUUGGUGUCAAAGACAAUUUGGGUUUAAAAAUUUAUCGUAAUGUAUGAUGUAUAUGUAAAUGUA